AUGGCGGCCAUUCUCCUGAGGACAAGGCCCAAGGUCCCAGUAUCAUUUGAGGAUGUGGCAAUGUACUUCACAAAGACAGAAUGGAAGCUUCUGGAUCUCAAACAAAGAAUCCUCUACAAGCAGGUGAUGCUGGAGAACUAUGGCCAUUUAGUGUCAUUGGGAUUUGCCUUCUCCAAGCCUCCCCUGGUGUCCCAGCUGGAGCGAGGGGAGGGGCCUUGGGUAGCAGGCUCCCUUAGAGGCCAAGCAGAGGCAGAAUCACAUGCAGGUGAGAGGAUAAAGAGCAAGGCAGCCAUUUCAAAACAGAAACAUUCUGGAAGAGGACUCCCAGGACCUGACUUUCAGGGCGGCAAAGGGGGCCAGGUGGCAGGGUCACCUCCCCAGCCAGGAGGCACCAAGAUAGUGUCUGCACAGAGAAGUCCCGGGGACUCUGUACAAAAUCCGGUUCUAAGGCAACAGCUUUCCAAGGGCGUCGAGAAACGGUACCUGUGUCAACAGUGCGGGAAAUCCUUCAGCCGCAGCUCCAAUCUGAUCAAGCAUCGCAUCAUCCACAGUGGUGAGAAGCCCUUCGCCUGCAGCGAGUGCGGAAAGCUGUUCCGGCGCAGCUUCGCGCUGCUGGAGCACCAGCGCAUCCACAGCGGUGAGAAGCCGUAUGCGUGCGGCGAGUGCGGCAAGACCUUCACGCGCAGUUCCAACCUCAUCAAGCACCAGAUCAUCCACAGCGGCGAGAAGCCCUUCGCCUGCAGCGAGUGCGGAAAGCUGUUCCGGCGCAGCUUCGCGCUGCUGGAGCACCAACGCAUCCACAGUGGCGAGCGGCCUUAUGCAUGCAGCGAGUGCGGCAAGGCGUUCAGCCGCAGCUCCAACCUCAUCGAGCACCAGCGCACCCACAGCGGCCAGAAGCCCUACACCUGCCCCGAGUGCGGCAAGGCCUUCAAGGGCGUCUCGCAGCUCAUUCACCACCAGCGCAGCCACAGUGGCGAGAAGCCCUUCGCGUGCCAGGAGUGUGGCAAGGCGUUCCGCGGCCGCUCUGGCCUCAGCCAGCACCGGCGCGUGCACAGCGGCGAGAAGCCCUAUGAGUGCAGCGAGUGCGGCAAGGCGUUUGGCCGCCGCGCCAACCUCUUCAAGCAUCAGGCGGUGCACGGUGGCAUACGGGCCUCCGAGCGCCGGGGCCGCGCCAAGGGGCUGAGGCGCGGAUGCAUGCUCCUUGAGCCGAGGCGUGGGCACCGAGGGCCGCGGCCCCAGGAGGGCGGCGAGAGCAGCUCGGCCGAGCCCCGGCGGAGCCGCAGCGGCCAGAAGCCACACACGUGUGAGCACUGCGGCCAGGCCUUCGAGAGUAAGUCGCAGCUGAGUGGCCACAGGCACUCCCAUGGCGGCGAGAAGCCCCAGGCGGCGGCUUUCGAGGGGAAGUCACUCGUUGAGGGGAGCGACGGCGGCCACGGGGCCAGCGUUCUGGGCUCUGGGAAGACCCAGGGCAAAGCCUCUCCCUGA